GGUUUCUAUACCACAGAGUGGAAGUUAUUGACCUUUAAAUUUAUUUUAAAUUAUUUCAAAAUAUUCAUCCUCCACCAUCACUUUUCAAUCAACACAGCCUUUAGAAAAGUGUUAAAAUAAGUAAAUACAAUUUUCCCUUUUCUCGUGUUUCAGUACCUUUUGGUAGCCUAAGGGGAACUUCUCCAGAUUUGAACGAUAAAAGGUUCCGUAGCAAAAAUUUUGUUGUUUUAAAUAAAGUUUUUUAAAGCGCGCCUUAAUGGUAAGAAAAGAUUUCAAAUCAGAUAAUAAAGCAAGUGCAUGAAAUGAACCAUCGCCACAAGCGGGGCAUACUCGUUCCGCUGUUACGCAAGAGAGGUAAACUGGAAUAAACAAAACACGCAUUAGUUUAUAAAAAAAAUUGCAAUUACUAUAUACACCACUUUUAUGCCCCAGUGCGGAAGCAUUCACCCAGAUCUGCGCCAAUAUAUUCUCUAUUUGUGUUGACUCGGCGAUUCAAUUAGGCAGACUGUCAAUAAGCACUGUGAAUGUUUGGAGAGGCCAGAUUCAUAUAAUACCUGGCAAGGAUGGACACGCUUAGGGGAAGUUUGGGAGGGUUUGUUAUCUUGCUGGUCCAGGUGUGCAACGGGCAAAAUACAGGUCUAAUCGUAUCAGAUUUGCCGAGUUUCUAUGGGCACAAUGGAGGGAUCACAACUUUCGAAGGUUACGUCAAUCAAUUUGCUACAAGUGAUGAAAAGUCCUACACGGAGCAUUCAAUAGAUUUUGCAUACUAUGAUUUUGAGAUCAUGAGCAUGGAAUGGAACGGAAAUGACACCCUGUUUUUCAUGGAAGGGUUAUCUAAAUCAAUAUUUAAAAUGGAUCAUUUCGAUAUAUGGAUGAACCAUUCCAUGUUUCGAUAUGUAACUCCCGUGCACUCCGGGUUAUCGUACACAAUAUCUAGCAGGAUCGCCUAUGAUCACAUGACAGGCAAUAUGUACUGGACAGAUGCUCUGUACAACUGGAUAGCUGUACAGCCAGUAAAUGCUAAUGACAACACCAAGUACAAGGUGAUCAUCAGUGAUCAACUACAUUCACCUGGAGCCAUAUCAUUGGAUGCCAACAACAGGCUUUUGUUUUGGUCAAACCACGGAAUUUCCACCUUCAUCGAGAGGUCGGACCUGAACGGAAAUGACAGAAGAAUAAUAGUUCAGAAUUUACUGUGGGUGCCCGACAUAAAAUGUGAUCCCGAUCCAACGAAAAAAACGAUCUAUUGGGCAGACAAUCUCAGAAACACUUUGGAAAGCAGUGACUACAUGGGUGGAAACCGGAAAGUGAUUUAUCGUUCUUCGAAUAUUCAACUGUUCGUCACCAACAUUGCCGUAUACAGGAAUGUCAUUUGCGGCGUGGAGAAUGAUGACAGUUUUGCAUUCUGCGUUGACCGUGACAGUGGUAGGAUGACUUGGCAGAAGGAUUUUUACUAUGAUCCCUGGGGAAUGACUGUUUUGAUGGACAAGAUCACGACCAAUACGAAUCCUUGUAAAGAUAAAGGUUGCGAGCACAUCUGUAUAAAUUCUGCGAGUGGUGCAGUUUGCCACUGCAAAGAAGGAUACGAUCUCAAUGCGGAUAGCACAACUUGCAGUGCGAAGCAUUCCGUCCACGGUAAAGGGUUGAUAAUUUCAAGCAACAACUCGCUCUACUCUGUCGACAUCCGGUUGGCGUCAUCAUUGCCUGUAAAUGCCACCCGCUUCUUAACUUGGGAUUCACCUAUAACGCAUAUCGCGGUGGCAGCGAAUAAGUCAAAAGUCAUAUUUGCUGCUCAAGACGAAAUUGUGAUGUAUGAUUUAGUAACCGGAAAGAACACUUCAUUAGUUUCCACUGGGAAGGUGUCGGGACUGGUGUACUCGUGGAUUGGUGACGACAUAUUCUGGUCCGAGUCAGACACGGGGACAAUUAAACUGAUGUCACUAGAUAGUGAUACUAAAACGGAUUUCACAGUUUUCAGCGGACUGAAAUCUCCUCGAGAUUUAGCCAUAGAUCCGCACAAUGAUAAACUGUACUGGAUAUCUACGCUGUCCGAUUCCAAUGCUUUUCAAAUCGAAUCUGGAAGUUUUAUGGGGACAGGCAAAAGUACGAAACAGUCUCACCUUUACACCAAUCCAUCUGGUCUGUUUUAUGAUGUUGGCCAUACUGCACUGUUCUGGAUAAGCGGAGGAUCACUAACGUACUACGAUGAAAGUAAUAAAUUUCAUUUAAGAACCGCUCAUCUCAUGCAGACCGACACCAAGCUCCUAAUUUACAAGGAUUAUUCCAUUAGCACUACCGGAGAUAAUGCAUUGCGGGUGUUUAAUUUAUUCAACGAAAAGGACACGCAUACUGUACGCAUGUCUGAUGUUGUAGAAGUAAACGCGUUUGCCAUAAUGGACCCGUCUCUGCAACAAAAGGAAACAAACAAAUGCGACGAGAACAAUGGCGGUUGUGAACACAUCUGCGUGCCCGAUGGUUCUAAAGGAGUUUGUCAGUGUGGGUUUGGAUAUGUUCUGGAAAGUGAUGGUCAAAACUGCAAAACUAAACCGAUUGAAAACAAUGUCGCCGUGGCUGUUGAUUUCAGUCAUGGGAUGAUAUAUCAAAUAUCUAUAAAUAACCAACCAAUCAAAGACAUCUCUGCAGUGGAUAUUCCUCAACCUGCUGAUCCGCUCUCAGCUGUCUACAACCCACCGGAUAAAAAUGUCUACUGGGCGGACUAUAUGAAAGACCAGAUUCUUAAGACGAAGCUUGGCAGCAAUGAAACAGAAAUCGUAUACAGCCCAGUGAACUACGUUGUGUACAGCAUCGCUAUCGAUCAUUCCACGGGGAACAUCUAUUACACCGCCCAUCCAUAUGUGUGGACCAUAUUCUACUCAAUGAUUGGAGUCAUUCACUUUAAAUCUCACAAACAUAAAACGCUCAUCAACAAUAUUGAAAAUGCCUACAGUUUAGCCCUCCAUCCGGCUAAAGGUUACAUUUUCUGGAUAGACGGGGCGGGUACCGUGGGAAGAGCUAACAUGGACGGCACAGAUGACGUACUACUUGUGGCAUAUGGCACGACGGCACUAACUUCGAUCACAGUGGACUAUGAAUAUGACAUGGUGUACUACAUAGAUUACGAUAGAAUUAUAUCCAUGACUAUCCUGGGAUCCAAACAACAGACUUUCCAUCUCAACCCCGGGGCUGGACUUUCCAACAUGGCCAUCAGUGGAGGCUAUCUGUACUGCACUGCCACCUAUAAACAAGAAAUUCUAAAGAUAGAUAAAAGAGCAGGCGCAGUAAUGACCGGCUGGAUGACCCCUGUCCCGGAGCUAGGCAGACUGGAGACCAUUAGUGUGUACAGCGAUAGUGACAGACCAUCAAUUCAUCCUAGUUGUUCCGUGAAUAACGGACUUUGUAGCACGUUCUGUUUCCCACUGCCAGACUCUAAGCGAUCCUGUGGAUGUCCAGACGGAGGAGUACUUUUGGAGGACCACAGGACGUGCAAAGGAGUGAAAAUAUGCCCAAUGACAAUACUACAUGGCAAAUUCUCGAACCAGUGCAGUGGGUAUGUGGGCUCGUCAUGUGACUACGAAUGUUAUGAUGGAUAUGCAAAGUCCAGACCUGGAAAGCUAAAUUGCAACAAAGAUCUGAACUGGAUUCAUGGAGGCUCCGUGGACCUAUCUCAACUUUGUAAAGUAAUAGAAACCACCACCGUAACAACAACAAAAACAACAACAACCCCAACCACAACAACAACAAAAACAACAGCAACAGAAACCGGAAGUACAGGUUCAUCUGGUCCAGUAGUUCAACCUGCACGACUAUCCAAAACAACACCUGAUGGCUACGUCAGUUCCGGGACAUUUGCAGCUGUUAUCGUCGUGAUUAUCCUGGUCUUUAUAGUACUCGUUUUGGGAUUCAUCUACUUUAUGUAUAGAAGGAAAUCUUCCAACAUGUUUAGUCACGCCAAAUUCGUCAAUUCACCAAACGUUCCAGAAAUUGCCGUCAACAAUGACACCAUGGUUGACGACCGGUACACGGCAAUAGGAGAUAUCCAUCAGCCGACGCCUGCUUCCGGUCAAGUCGGAAUGGAAAAUCCUCUGUAUAAAAUCAGAAAUGAAAAUCCCACCAAAGAAAACAUGGACAAUACUUUGUCAGAACAAGGCUUCAAAACCAUGGAUUUGUCGCAUAAAUUUUAGAACUGGAACACAUGUAUAUAAUACAUUUACCACUGAAGCAUAUUGUGAUCCCAAAUGUAUCAUGAAUAUUGAUAUGCUAUAGUACGUAUUGCAUGAAUGUGAAAAUAUUUCUUGAAGAAUUAGUUUUCUAUUGCUCAGUGUGGGUGAAACACACUACAAGGUAAUAUCCUGUAUUAAUGCCACAAACUUCGUUCAAAACAUAUCUCUGUGUUACAAUAGCGGAUGAGCUUGUUGUGGUGAGAUCUAUUCAACAUUUGAGUGUAGAUCUCAUCAACUUUUCAAUUCGUAUCUACGACCGGUGUUAUUUCUCCCUAGUUUUCUGCAACUGUCUUUCAAUGGUUUGAUGAGCGGAUGCUUAUGGAUGUUGUUUGAUGGUGUUUUACAACGUAUACUUGUAUGUCUGAGAGCAUAUAAUGCAUUCCUAAUGUAGAGAUAGUGUGUGGUAACCGUUACAAAAACUCCAAUAACUUUAUAUACUCCAGAUUCGUAUAUGUAGUUUACACGAUCAAUAUAUAUAUAUAUGAUUUUAGAUAUAUAUGUAAUCUAAUGAAGGUGCGAUCACGAUACUGUGAUGUCAAUGACAUAGAAAAUUGUAUAUCAUUACAUGUUUGUAUUGUGUAUCUACUGUGUUAUAUCAUUACAUGUUUGUAUUGUGUAUCUACUGUAUGUCAACAAAGCAUAAUAUUAUUAGUACUGUAUAUUGAAUUGAUGAUUUAAUCAUUCUGAAGAAUUUUAUUAAAACUUGAUAAAAUACUAA